GGAAGUUGAACCACAAAGCAAGCAGUGCCACUGUGCUAGCAAAAAACACAGAAAAAUACACCGAAGAAGAAGGGACUCCAACUUAAAACAUGUGCCAUAUUGGAGCUGGGGAAGGAGCAGCUUAACAGAGACGUAGCGGACAGUAUUGGACGCCAAGACGCUCCAGCGGAGGCAGCGGACCGACACUUUGCUACUUAGCCGGAGUGUGGACUCCCCAGCGCGGAUAGCCUGGCAGGCAGGAGUCGCUCGGGGCUGGCUCGGCUCCCCUCGUUUUUACUUCAGCUACUGACCUCAGUGUGGUCGAUUUACGAGACAAACACCCGCAGCACAGUGCUAUAUUAGGUGUUAAGCACAACACCUGGUGCUUGAAGGUGUUGUCGUGCCAUUUUUAACCAGUUUACAGAGACGAGGAAAAAGUUUACCAAGCUAAACUACCGCCGGAGCCGAUUUCCAUCUCCCGGCGCUCCCUCCCCCUCCUCCACCACCAUCAGCGUCACCUUCAGCCCACCGUCAGUCGCUCUGUGCUGGCUCUCCAGGCGAGGAGGGUCCCCCCAACACUCGGGGUAACUCAACAAGCAAACUAUGGAUUAUAUUGUGCGAUUUCAUCUUUGUUUUUGAAGCCGUUUGGACUCUCGGUGUCAUUUUUUCUGGUGCUGGUUGCUCUCGGAAACGCUGCAAGACUUCCCCAAAAUAGACUCGCAGCCGUUAGCUUAUUAACCAAAGCUGAAACCGAGCCAGUGUUGCUGUUAAAUCCGCCAGCUAGUGAGUCUGUUAGCUGCUGGCGACCACGGUGCUUGUUCACACGUACCUGCUGGAGUGAAACAACCCAAACUCAAUGUAUAAAUUGAUUAAUCAGUCUUAUUCGAUAGUUAGCCUGCUGGCUAGCUGGUUUCAUUUUUUGCUAGCUAGCGUGGUGGCUAACUAGCAGACAAACCCGAAAUAUCGAUAAUCCCAGCAGCAGCAGCAGCCGCAGCAGCAGCGGGCUAAAGCAAGUUAGCUUCGUGGAUUUGGUGUGUGAUUAGUUGAAUACACCCUUUAUCUUGUUUUAAACCUCUGGUGUUUAAUGACAUCUUUUCGGGGGACAUUUUUUUCGUGAUUGACUUAAGGGACAGGAAGCAAGGCAGCAGCAGCAGCAACGACGGCAACAUAAACAACCGCGGUGUGUAGACCUUCCUCAUCUUCAACCUGUGUGUUUAUUUGUGCCAAACUGCAUCAGAGAGAUUUGCAUUUUCUUGGUGCACCAGCUGAGAUCUUGAGGAGACACCUUGAUGAGACACAACCUGUCGCCUCUUGUAUUUAUCUGUAUCCCCCCCCUUUUUCGCUCCGAUUGAGACGAAGACACGUGUCCCUGUUAUAUUACUGCUUUCCUGAAGACACUGAAGGAGCCAGUCACAUUUCCACUGUGCAGCCACUCCACUAAAAUUAGACCCUUUUUUUGCUCAACAGCACAGUGUUUACAUUUUAAGGAAAAAGCCCUGCAACGCCGCACUGGAGACAAACCAGUCGUUUGGACACAUUUCCAUCAAGAGGGGACCAGGAGAGUCCCCAGAGACCUGUAGGAUUUGACAGCUGUCUCCAGACCCAGCAUCUGGUGCAUCUACCCAUCUCUGUGAGACAUAUCACGUUACUAUAAAGCGAGGAAGGAAGUACAAGAUCUUUUCUUUGCAUCAUUUUCCCCCUGAAGAAACCUGCAUUUUUUCCUGCACUAAAUGGGAUUACAAGGACGGCGCUGACUGUGUAUCUCUCGAUCAGCCUGUCACCCAAUGUCUCCCCUCCUGAAUUCCCUUUUUUCUGUCACAAUGAUGGUAGUUUGAGGCGAAGUCAGCAGAACACAGCCGACAGGAGACAACGACACCAUUCCCGUCGAUGGUCAGCCCUGCCGUCCGCUCAGCUGGCCCUGUCACGCACCUUGGCGCUUGAUGUUGCUCAUAUCUGGUGGAGGACAUUGUUUUUUUAAUCCCCUCAAAUAAAACAAACCCAUCCCCAGCCCGGUUAUUUUAUUGAUUUGCUCGUCCCAGGGUCGAAAGAUGGCGGACCUCGAAGCAGUGCUCGCCGAUGUCAGUUAUUUGAUGGCGAUGGAGAAGAGCAAAUCUACUCCAGCGGCCCGGGCGAGUAAGAAAAUCAUCCUGCCUGAGCCCAGCAUUCGCAGUGUGAUGCAGAAGUACCUCGAGGAGAGAGACGAACUGACAUUUGACAAAAUUUUCAACCAGAAAAUUGGCUUCCUACUGUUCAAAGACUUCUGUAUGAAUGAGAUCGACGAGGCCGUGCCACAGCUCAAGUUCUACGAAGAAAUUAAGGACUACGAGAAGCUGGACUCGGAGGAGGAGAGGCUGAGCCGCAGCCGGCAGAUUUACGACGGCUACAUCAUGAAGGAGCUGCUGUCAUGUUCACAUCCGUUUUCAAAGAAAGCAGUGGACCAUGUGCAGAGUCACUUAGCAAAGAAACAGGUUCCCCCGACUCUCUUCCAGCCAUACAUAGUGGAGAUCUGUGACAGCUUGAGAGGGAAGAUCUUCCAGAAGUUCAUCGAGAGUGACAAAUUUACUCGCUUUUGCCAGUGGAAGAACGUGGAGCUCAACAUCCACCUGACCAUGAACGACUUCAGCGUGCAUCGGAUCAUCGGCCGGGGCGGCUUCGGCGAGGUGUAUGGCUGCAGGAAGGCCGACACGGGGAAGAUGUACGCCAUGAAAUGUUUGGACAAGAAGAGGAUCAAGAUGAAGCAGGGGGAGACUCUCGCGCUCAAUGAGAGAAUCAUGCUGUCGUUAGUCAGCACAGGGGACUGCCCGUUCAUCGUGUGCAUGACGUACGCCUUCCACACCCCCGACAAGCUGUGCUUCAUCCUGGACCUCAUGAACGGGGGUGACCUGCACUACCACCUGUCUCAGCACGGUGUGUUCAGUGAGAAAGAGAUGCGUUUCUACGCAGCCGAAAUCAUCCUGGGUCUGGAGCACAUGCACAACCGCUUCGUUGUCUACAGAGACCUCAAGCCAGCUAAUAUCCUGUUGGAUGAGCACGGUCAUGUUCGUAUCUCCGACCUCGGCCUGGCCUGCGACUUCUCCAAGAAGAAGCCCCACGCCAGUGUGGGCACUCAUGGCUACAUGGCUCCGGAGGUUCUUCAGAAGGGGACGGCGUACGACAGCAGCGCCGACUGGUUCUCUUUAGGCUGCAUGCUCUUCAAACUCCUCCGAGGGCACAGUCCCUUCAGACAGCACAAGACCAAAGACAAACAUGAGAUUGACCGCAUGACGCUCACCAUGAAUGUGGAGCUGCCAGACUCUUUCACUGCGGAGCUCAAAGACCUGCUGGAGGGGCUGCUGCAGAGAGACGUAUCUAAGAGGCUCGGCUGUCAGGGCCGAGGAGCCCCAGAGGUGAAGGAACAUCAGUUUUUCAAAGGCAUUGACUGGCAGCAGGUGUACCUCCAGAAGUACUCUCCUCCUUUAAUUCCUCCCCGGGGAGAGGUGAACGCCGCAGAUGCUUUCGACAUAGGCUCCUUUGAUGAGGAGGACACCAAGGGCAUCAAGCUGCUGGACAGUGACCAGGAGCUGUACAAGAACUUCCCUCUGGUCAUAUCGGAGCGCUGGCAGCAGGAGGUGGCAGAGACGGUCUACGAGGCGGUGAACUCGGACACGGACAAGAACGAGGCUCGCAAGAGGGCCAAGAACAAGCAGCUCGGCCACGAGGAGGACUACGCCUUCGGAAAGGACUGCAUAAUGCACGGCUACAUGUUGAAGCUGGGGAACCCGUUCCUGACCCAGUGGCAGCGCCGAUACUUCUACCUGUUCCCCAACCGUGUGGAAUGGAGGGGAGAGGGCGAGUCACGGCAAAACCUGCUGACGAUGGAGCAGAUCGUGACGGUGGAAGAAACGCAGAUUAAAGACAAGAAAUGUAUCCUGCUGCGCAUCAAAGGAGGGAAGCAGUUUGUGCUGCAGUGUGAGAGUGAUCCGGAAUUCGUGCAGUGGAAGAAAGAGCUGACCGAAGCGUUCACAGAAGCCCAGAAGCUGCUGCGCCGCGCCCCCAAAGUCAUCGGGAAAGGCCGGGCCGGAGUGGUGGAGCUCUCCAAACCUCCCCUCACACACCGCAAUAGCAAUGGCCUGUGAAUACACAACACACACGCACACAUAUAUAAAUAUAUAUAUAUAUCUCACACACACAUACACACACACCUGUACACACACACACACACACACUGCAUCCCACCUCCUCUCCCUCCCCAUCAGCUGCCCCGACACCUCCCCACAACGCCUUGCAGUGUGUACGGACCAUGCACAGCAGCGUCUUACCGACACACACACACACAUACACACACACACAUUCGACCAAUCAUAAGCGCGAUUUUUCGUCUGCCAUGGGACCUUGCCAGUUCACCAAGAGGAAGAGAGAAACAUUCGGGAGGGCUCAGCAUGUGAAGAACCUCUGCAUGAAUGUGACGAGGACUGACGCCCGGUCCUCUGUUGUCCCCGUCUUUCUCUUUUUCUCCUCCCCUCCCUCUCUACACCUGUACCCCGCCGCCGCCGCCGCCGCCACCACUGGAUGGGGCUUUCUCAACCAGGACCCACAGCAGCCUGGCGGGCUACAGGUCCAAUCUCUCGGAGGCGGCGCAGAUGAGGCCCUGAGGCUUUGGCGGGAGGACAAAUAAAUAAAGGCUGCUCGACCUGUUCUCCUCUAAUCAUCCCUCCCUCUGUUACUGAAGUGCGUAAAGUGCCAACAUCAAUAUUUACUUGAGUCACCUGAGCAACCUGGAGGAGCUGCUUGGUGGCAGAUAUCGCCCCCAGAUACACACAGGAGGUGGUGGUGGUGGUGGCGGCGGCGGCAGUGGUGGUGGUUGAUCAUUCCAAUGCAGACAACAGGAAGUACAAGGACCACAGACUCUUUCAAGAUUGGCUCCUGUACAGCCAGUUGCCAUAGAGACUGGGAUUCCAUUGGCUGACAAACAGCAGCCUGGUUGCUAUGGGAACCAUGAAGACUGGUAUACCUGGGGAACCGGUAACCACGGACAACGGUGUAACUAUUGUGUAUGAAGGCUACACUUGCAGAGGAAGAGGCGACGGAGGAGGGAGGAGGGAGUGACUCUGAGUGUACAUACGAAACCCUUUCUCUCCCUCUCUGUGCAUCUCCAGUGUUUUAGUCCAACGUGUUUGCAUUAUCGGGGACUUCUCUGUCUGCCUGUUUGUGAAUCUGUCCUGGCUUUAGGGGAAGAAGAGGAAGAGGAAGAGUGUUUUCCUGCUGGGUGGGGUGGUGGGUGGCGGGAGGGUGGGGACAGCUUUCAAUCACUCGCUGCGUUUACCUCAGUUGGACUGUGUCAGUUUGAGGCGUGAAACCUCUCCAAGGGCCGAGUGUCGCGCUCCGUGUUUGUUCGUCUGUGCGUUGUCGUGUCGCGGCUUCUUUUUUGGAAAUUCAUCGUCGCACGCAAUUGUUGGGUUUACAGCUUUCGGCUUUUUGUGGAUGGUGAAUGAAGAAGACGAGCUGAAGCUAAUUAAAGGAAAAAUCCACCCUUAAAUACACCAAACUUUUAUAGAGGCAUUUUAUAUUAAGAUAAUCUUUCUGAUGUUUGAGGCAUUUCAGGUGUUUGUUUUUUGUUUUGUUUUUUUUAUGAAGGGUUGUUUUAGUUUUUGCACUCAUUACCGCACCCUGCCUCAUGUGCAUGUCGUUCUGAGUUGUAGGGAUGGGAAGUGAUAAGAGUUUAUUGAUACUAGGGCUCCGACAGACAGUUACUUUCAUUGUCGAAUAAUAAGUCGAUUAUUUUCACAACUUCAGCCAGCAUUCCUGCUUCCUUACGCUAUCUGUGUGUUACUGUUUCCAAAUCCCCUUCAGAAACCACAACAACAACCUCCAAGCUCACAACUUAGACUUUGAAAAUGUCACGUUGUUAUGCGUUAAGGCAUGCCUGCUUUUUUCUUACUGUGAGUUGAUUUAGAAGAACUUGUGGACGCACCUCGGAACACCCCAGACUCGUCUCGCCGGACUCUCAUGCCUCCGACAUUGAUCCAUUUCUUGACUCGGCCAGUCAAGGUUAAUUUGCCACGUCUUUUAACUCUGGCAGCGACAUCGAUCCGUUUCACUUCACGCAAGCUUCUGUGAUGUCAUCGUAAUGAUGCUCUGCUAGAGUCACAUACAGUGACCGACAGGACUGUGAUUGGUUUAAAGAAACAAAAACAAGCAAGAGUGUUUUUCCCCUGCAGCAGAAAGACAAUCAGUGGUCCUAGACUUUUCUUUAGCGCUGACGCGAACCUGUGGCGAUAGGUCCGCCUCGACGAGACUAAUCGAUUGUUGUUUGGUCUAUAAAAUGUCUUAAAAUGGUGAAAAAUGUUGAUCAGUGUUUCCCAAAGCCCAAAACGACAUCUUGAAAUGUCCUGUUUUGUCCACAACCCAAAGACACUCAUAUAUUCACAUUCUAAAAACUGGAAUCAGACAAUUUUGACUUUUUUUCCCCUAAAAAUUUCACUCAAUCCAACUAAUCGAUUAUCAAAUUACUUUGGGAUGAGUUUAAUAGUUUCUUAUUGAUACCCAUGCCAGUAUCGAUUCUGUUUGUUGGUGCUAAUUCCUGAUCAGUUUUCUCGGUGGAACAAAAAAGGCCCACACAGGUUUUAUUAUCUGAGUCUGAACACAGUGUAGCAGCAGUCUGUCGUGAAGGUUUCCUUAGUCAGAAAAAAGCUGCUUAUCCUGUAGCUAUGGUGUGGAUGUUAUUAUUAACGGACGUGAUGCUUGGUUGCGAAGCAGCAUCGCUCGUGCGUAGAGACUCAAAUACGAGGCAUUCCUAUUUAAGCCCAGGUUGUACAGGAAGAUUUGUCAGUAUAUUGCUGGUGUUUCCACCCUGACUUGAAAUGAUCAUUUUACAGUUCUUACAAGCAGCACUGUUGUCAUCUUUAGUUAUUUUUUCAUCAUAUUGGCAGAAAUGGGCCACCGUAGUUUUCUAGCAGAAUAAAAAAAACAACACCAUCCGUCAGCAGCGUGUUUAUCUCACAUUAAAGUGUUUCAGGGUGGAGUUUUCCUCAAAGUCUACUCAUGAUUUAUUUUUUUGUUCCUAAAUGUGACACAGUUCAGAUGAGGUGAAACGUCUUCAAUCGGGGGGCUUUGUACGGUUUCGCCGGCAGCUUCGCCGUCACCGUGAACCCCGUUGAAGUUUGAAGGGCAGAAACCGCGCACAAUCGUAUGGUGUGGAUUAAAAAGAACACGCAGCGGAGGAGCAGGAGGAGCCAAUUUAUUGUUGGAUACAUUCAUUGAUUUCAGGGUUUUUAUUUUGACAUGCAGUACAGUGUCCUCGUCUGUGAUGUCCAUGCAUUUCCGGAGCUGUGAUGUGUGACCUUCAGUAGGAAAAGGGUUGAUUAGGGGUGCAUUGUGAUUUUAUUUUUCUUUCUUUGUAGCCUUUAACCAGUCAGGGGGAGAUAUUAUCGUCUUAUAGAGAAAUUUUGCCACCUCUCAAGGUGUCUUUUAUUUUUGUAAACCAAAAUGGUUUUUAUUGUUUCAUUGAAAUUUAUGUCUGUUGCACCUUUUUAGCCCAAUGUGUUACUUAAUAGUUGUUAAAUGUGCCAAAUAACUGUUGCUGAUUGAGUGGAACCAAUGGGAAGCCUCCUUUUUCUGAACUUUUUGAACCCUUCUCGCCACACACGCCGCUUCACAAACUGUGCGGUGGCGGCGUCGAGUCUUCGAAGGGUACAAAACUGUGACCAAACAUUUUUCUGGAGAAGACAGAGGUGUGUGUGUGUGUGUGUGUGUGCUCUGGCUUUCCACCACGUUGCCACAGGGACUCUCGACACACCAUCCAGCUCUCUACUCUAAAAAGUUUUCUUUCACACUGUACGUAUGUCAUGUGAGUGUGCGAGCUUCAUUAUCUCUCUGUAUGUUCAUGCAGUGGACUUUAUUAUUAUUAUUUUUUUUUUUGGUGGUCAUACACUCUGCUCAAACACACGCUCAACACACGACAAUUUAAAAAGGAUGGCAUAUAGGAAAAAAAAUUCAAAGUAUAUAUAAAUAUAUGUGUAUAUGAAAUGACAAAAAUGCUCUAGGUUUAUUUAAAAGAUUUAAUGUAGAAAACAAAAUGAAAAUGUUCGGGGAGGUCGGGGGUUUUGAUGUGAGUAUAAUUGUUUGUGGUGAAGACUUCAGCUCAAAUCUUGCACAUAAAGACUUUAGAUAUUGUACCUGCGAGUUCCAGAUGAUUAUUUUUGUUUGAAUACAGGACUCUCUUUGCUCUUUCAUAUUUAUUAUUGCGUGUGUGGGGAGCUCUCUAUCUCUCGCUCCGUCUCUCCUCCACGUUAUGAGCUCUCAGCCGAGAGCUCGCUGUAGAAAAAUCCUCCGGUUUACACCCAUCAGAAACUCUCUUGUUUUGUUUUUUUCAUAUGCCACAGACAAACACAAAUACUACUGGCUUUGGGUUUAUUAUUGCCAUUAAGGUUAUGAUAAUACUGAUAUAUAAUUGAUAAUAUUAUUCAAUGAUUAUUAUUAAAUUUAUUUUAUUUCAAUGAUUUUUAUUUUUUUGUUUUCGAGACAGGUAGGAAGUUGCGUGUUGGACUGCUUGUAAAAACAGUUCAUGAAUAAAAAUCCUUUUUCCGUGUU